AUGCCCCCAGUUUCUGCGUCCAAAGCAAAGCGUCAAGCUGAGAAGGCCGCCAAGGCUGCUGCUAAGGCCGGCAAGAGUGGCUCGUCCAAGGACUCUGUGACCACAGACGGUACCUCGGUCAGCGCUUCGACCAAGAGCUCGGCCUUUGAGGAGGAAGAGAAGGGACCCAUCACAGAUAUGAAGAAGUUGGCUAUUGCCACGGAGCGCAACGCCUCUGGUGUCGUUGUGAGUGACAAGCUGAGCCGUGACUUGCACAUUGACAGCUUCUCCAUGUCGUUCCACGGUCGUCUGUUGAUUGACAAUGCUACCAUUGCGCUUAACUACGGUCAGCGUUACGGUCUCCUUGGUGAGAAUGGUUCCGGUAAGACGACGUUCCUUGAGGCCCUGGCCAACCGUGAUGUGGAAAUUCCCGAGCAUAUUGACAUCUACUUGGUCCGUGGUGAGGCCGAGCCGUCGGAUGUGAAUGCGCUGGACUAUAUUAUUCGCUCUGCGCGUGAAAAGGUAGCUCGUCUUGAGAAGGAGAUCGAGGACAUGUCGGUGGCUGACGAAGUCGACGAAGUGGCCCUGGAGCUCAAGAUGGAGGAGCUGGAGGACCUUGACCCGAGCACCUUUGAAGCCAAGGCUGGUGCGAUUUUGCACGGUCUUGGUUUCUCGCAGACCAUGAUGAACAAGCCGACAAAGGAUCUGUCGGGUGGUUGGCGUAUGCGUGUGUCCCUGGCGCGUGCACUGUUCAUUAAGCCUCACCUGCUGUUGCUGGAUGAGCCGACAAACCACUUGGACCUGGAAGCCGUUGUGUGGCUGGAGGCGUACCUGUCGACCUACAACCACAUUCUUGUGCUGACCUCGCACAGUGCCGACUUUAUGGACAAUGUCUGCACGAACAUUAUUGACCUGACUAUUCAAAAGAAGUUCAUUACCUACGGUGGUAACUACACGACCUACGUUCGUACCAAGACGGAGAACGAGGUGAACCAGAUGAAGGCGUACCACAAGCAACAGGAGGAAAUUGCGCAUAUCAAGAAGUUCAUUGCCAGUGCUGGUACCUAUGCCAACCUGGUCAAGCAGGCCAAGUCGAAGCAGAAGAUCAUCGACAAGAUGGAGGCGGCUGGUCUCAUUGAGCCUGUGGUGCAGCCCAAGCAGCUGCGUUUCAACUUCGAGGAUGUGCGUAAGCUGCCGCCGCCGAUUAUUGCGUUCAACGAUGUGGGUUUCAGCUACAGUGGCAAAGAAGAGGACUUUUUGUACAAGGACCUGAACUUUGGUAUCGACAUGGACAGCCGUGUGGCUAUUGUGGGUCAGAACGGUACGGGUAAGUCGACGCUGCUGAACCUGAUUACCGGUGUGCUGCAACCCGUAACCGGUAGUGUGCAGCGCCACCCUGCGUUGAAGCUCGGCAAGUACUCGCAGCACUCGGCGGACCAGCUGCCGUACGACAAGAGCCCGCUUGAGUACAUUGAGGCGAAGUACAAGGAGAAGUACCCUGACAAGGAUGUGCAGUUCUGGCGUGGUCAGCUGGGACGUUUCGGUUUGUCGGGUGCGCACCAAACCUCGGCCAUCCGCACGCUUUCGGACGGUCUGCGCAACCGUGUGGUGUUCUCGCAGCUGGCUAUGGAGAACCCGCACAUUCUCCUGCUCGACGAGCCGACAAACCACUUGGAUAUGAGCUCUAUUGAUGCCCUUGCGAACGCUAUCAAGGAGUUUGAGGGUGGUGUCGUGAUUGUCUCGCACGACUUCCGUCUUAUUUCGCAGGUUGCCGAAGAGCUGUGGGAGGUGAAGGACCGCAAGAUUGUCAACCUCACCAAGCAGGACAUCAGUAUCCAAGACUACAAGAAGCUGCUGAUGAAGAACAGUGCUGAGGCAAUUGAACGUGCUAAGCUGACAGCCAAGUCGUCGUAA